CGCAAUACAUAUGUACAAAUCGCACGGACGAGUGCCAGGAAGUCCAAUCUCGACCGUAACAACACAGCUGUAAUGACCUGUCAUUGCGUGUACGGGUGCACUGGAGGGAGCAUAACAAAAACAUAAUUUCGAUGCCUAGAACGGUGGUGAAUCAUCGUGAAAGCGUGAACUUACCAUAGAGAGUGGAUACGACCGUACAACGACGCGAACGUUGACAGGCAUCAUGGAAGUGCUGGAUCCCAGCGUCUCUAGAGACGAUCAGCCCCUUUGCAUCAACGAUUCUCUGGAGCGAGCUAACACAUGCCACAUUCCAGCAGACACUAAAUCAUGUGUAAAGGCACGUCAUACUUUGGGUUUCCUGGGUUUUCUCGGUUUUGCCCUUGUGUAUGCUAUGAGGGUCAAUUUAUCAGUAGCCAUUGUCUCCAUGGUUAAUCAGACAGCGAUACCACAUACCGAGGAGAAUGAUACCAGUGAUGUUUGUCCCAAAAUCAAGCCAAUAAAUGGAACUUUUAUACCGAGUGAGGGAGAAUUUGUCUGGACUGAGAAGACUCAAGGUAUUAUACUGGGAGCUUUCUUCCUUGGCUAUGUAACAACAAACGUCCCUGGUGGUAGAUUAGCCGAAAUGGGCGGCAAGCUAAUUUAUGGUCUGGGAAUAUUUCUAACUUCUAUUCUGACAGUGAUAAGUCCAUUUGCUGCGUAUUGGGGUCUAGUACCGUUCUUAGUUGUACGAGUCGCAGAAGGAUUUACCGAGGGAGUAACAUUUCCUGCAAUGCAUAGUAUGCUGGCGCAUUGGGUUCCGCCAUUGGAGAGAAGUAAAUUUGCUGCUAUAGUAUACGCAGGUGCGAAUUUUGGAACCGUCGUUUCAUUACCGGUGAGCGGCUGGCUAUGUUCACUAGAAUUAUGGCGUGGUUGGCCACUUGCAUUUUAUUUAUUUGGAGGACUUGGUCUCAUAUGGUACAUAUUCUGGUUGAUAUUCAUAUACGAUACUCCUUCGCAACAUAAGACGAUUGAUCCUUCCGAGAAGGCAUAUAUUGAAGCUAGCGUCGAGAAGAAAGACGAGAAUGACGAUCCGGGAGUACCGUGGCUGUCUGUCUUCACAUCUUUACCUAUAUGGGCCAUUACUAUAACGCAAUGUGGUCAAUCCUGGGCAUUUUAUACUCUCCUAACCGAACUGCCGACGUAUAUGGACAAGAUUUUGCAUUUGAAUGUACAACAAAACGCAUUUCUCUCGGCGUUACCUUACUUGAGCGCUUGGCUGGUGGGGCUCGGUAUCUCGAGCUUUGCAGACGCGCUUCUCGCUCGUCGUUUAAUCUCGCCCUUGGCUUCGUUCAAACUGUGGAACACGGUCGCUUCCUUAGGACCUAGUCUUAGUUUCGUGGGUGCUAUCUGGGCCGGAUGUGAUCGUAUGACUGUGAUGCUGAUGCUCGCGGGGCUGGGCUCGCUCCAGGGCGCCGUGUACGCCGGAAAUCAGAUGAAUCACAUCGCAUUAGCGCCCCGUUACGCGGGCACCUUGUACGGAUUGACGAAUGCUGCGGCAAACGCGUGUGGCUUUUUGGCGCCUUACGUUAUCGGCAGUAUAGUAGAGGGACACGAGACUCUCGCUCGCUGGCAUACAGUGUUCUGGAUGGCAGCAGGAAUAAACAUGGUUACUAAUUGUUUCUACUUGUUGUUUGCAUCUGCCACUGAACAGCCGUGGAGUAAAGGCGGUAGUUGAUGACAAUAUUGCAUUAGGAAUGCGAUAUUAAACGUGGAAAAUAAUAUAUUCUCCAAUCAUAUUGCACACAGUACAUUUUAAUUUGGCUGGCCAAUUUUGUAUAAUAACUCGGCAUAGAUAUUACCGAUAUUAUAUUUUUGUAAAAUAA